AUGUUGAAGUGGAAGUAUCGACCUCAGACUAUUCGACCAAGUGACUGUAAUACCUAUUGGCAGGGGUAUCUCAAGCAUCAUGAAGGUUAUGAACAAUUGGGUGUACCUUGGCUUCGACUAAAACCCAAAAGGGCCUCCUCGAAGGGAGAAGAAAAAUCUAUAAAUUCUGCCUCAAGUGGUUCUAGGGAAGUGAUAGAUUUGACCAUGAAUACUCCUGCUUCUACCGCUUGGAACGGCGAGAAUACCGAUAUCGAUCUGGACACACCUUACUCAUACGAAGAUUACGACAGUCUUCCUGUUCCCGAUUUUUCUCCAUCAACGCAUGUACAUGGGUUAUACGAAAAUUAUAGCAUCCCACCGGAAUUUCAAGGUCAUUUCCCUCUGUUACAACAGCCUCAAACUCAAAGUGGCACUGAUAUGAGCAUCGCUCCUCAGUGGCAAGAUCACUUUCCACUUCUCGGAACGCAACAGCAACAGCAACAGCAACAGCAACAGCAACAACUUUUCGACUAUUCCACUGAAAGUGGAGAUACUGGUAACUAUACCAUGUCGGAAGAAGACCAAGAAUGGUGGGAAGAGAAUACGAGAGAUUUUCGGUCUUGA